AUGCGAAAGCGGACGCCAAGGUGGAAGACUAACAAUCAAGACAAUAUAGAGAAAUUCGCUAACAAACUUGAAGAAGCACUAGCAACGUCCAUGCCCCCAAACUACGAAGCGUUCAUCCAGAAACUCGAAGAAUCGGCGAGAACAACUGUUGGAAAAACAAGUAGUGGCGCAUCAAAAGGCAAAGCAAGACCCUGGUGCGACAAAGAGGUGCUGGAUUCCAUUCGGGAAAGGAAGAGGCUAUGCAGAGAAUGGAGGAGAGCGAGAAAGAGCAAGACGGAUUGCGAGGCUGAAAAAGAGGUCUACGAAAAGCAACAAGAGAAGACAAAGCGACUGGUAGCGGGGAAGUUGGAUCAGUAUUACAGAGGGAUAGAGAUAGACAUCAUGAACGGAGGGCGAAAAAACGGCCAAAAAUUUUGGAGAUAUAUAGAAGAUAUGAACAAUCAGCGACAGCCCACAAAACCAGAAAUCGUACUCUACGGCAACAUCAAGGGGAGAAAAAUAAACAAAAAAGAAGAACAGGAGCAAUACAUGACCCAGUACUUCCAACAACAACAAGAAGACAUGCAAAAGCGAAUCAGCCCACAACACGAUCAAGCAGCUCAUCCAGCUCACCAACCAAGUGACGCCAGGGUAGAGGAAAUAAGCGAAGCUGAACUGGCGAGACAUCUAAACAAGUUAAUGAGGGGGAAGGCGACAGGCCCGGACGAGAUACCAAACGAAUUCUUGAAAGCACUGGAACCACUCUCGAAAGAAGCUCUGCGAAGAAUGCUCAAUUUUAUACUGCAAACGAAACAGGUACCAAAAUCAUGGAAACACAGCACAGUAUGGCUACUCUACAAAGGGCAAGGGAAACCCCGGAACGACCUAAAAUCUUUUAGACCAAUCACGUGA